AUGAUACUGUUGGGAACUUAUUUUACUGGUCAAGUGCCUUUUCAACAAGUAUUAUUACAUGGUCUAAUUCGUGAUAAAUAUGGUAAAAAGAUGUCUAAAUCUUUGGGUAAUGGGGUAGAACCGGACGAACUUAUUAAAAAAUAUGGGAAGAAAAGAUUAUCGGAAGUUGAAGGUUUUGCCAAAAACUAUGAAGUGUUGCAAUUAUUAAUUAUGCUUCAUCCGGCCGCUCCUUUUAUUACGGAAUAUAUUUAUCAAAAAAUUACUGGUGAAGAAAUAUUAAAAGCCGAAAUUGAAGCACUUGAGGCCGAGACUAAAAAUAAUAACCUAUGA